UCCUGAAGCACUUCAGGAACCCGAUAAGCCCUGCAGGGUCGAAACUGCAGGCCUCGGGCGGCUUGGGCUUAUGAGAAGCUGUCCUCUGCUUCCAGGAGGUCACGCUGACAUCACAGGUUCGAAGAAGUCCACAAGGUCUCAGGGGCAUCCUUUAAAACGAGAGACCACGUAAGGUCACGGGUGUCUCCAGUCACACAGCGGAGGGCAUCCCUCGGCGGAGCGGGUCCCACGAAGGCCGGCCUGGCCUACGACACGGCUGGGGAGCGCCUGGCGGGCGGCCUUCGAGCCUGGCUUUGCAGAGCUCCCCACACGCAGGCACAGAGCCCACCCCCCACCCACUGCUGCCGACACUUGCUCCCAAGCCUCAAGUCCGCACCGAUCUGCGGUGUCUGGGUGGAAUUUGGACGGGGUGCCUUACGUAAUGAUCGGUGGUUCCAGCCAUUUAACACAAGCCAAAGGGGAAAAAAAAAAAAAAAAAAGUCUGGCUGGCAUCUGAUUUUAUGAGCUUUUGCUUUCAUGGCAAGAAGCGAGAGAUGAUCUCUGGGCGUAGAGAUCCCCACAUUCCCGGGCCUGCUGCUCUCGGAAAGCGUUUCCAUUGCACCGUGUAGGGAGCACAGGACAUCAGAAAACCAGGGGCUCGUGUGCACCUGGACACCCACCCACCCCCCCCGCCCCCAACCCCAACAGGCUCAUUUAAAGACACUCUUACAUAAUAGAUCAGUAAGAAGGAGAGACACAGGACGGGACUCUCUCCUCAGCAGCAAAAUCGGAGUGUCCGGAGAUGUUUGGUAACAGUCUCAUCCCCACCCCCCUUCUGGUGCUCAGAUAACGUGGAAAAUGUGAGUCUCGGUGUUUCCACGUUUCAAGCUGCCUGGCGGCUUUAGAACAGAUUCCAGCCAUCACAGCUCUAGACCCAGAGGAAGACUAGCUCGGGGAAGGACGGGCGCCAGCCCGGAAGAGUGGAAGUUGGACCUCCGUAACGGGACGGCGGCCACCGUCCACUGAGCACCGACCACAUGCCAGGAGGAGGGCCAGAGACGGACGACUAUAUGGAGACACUGAAGGAUGAGGAGGACGCCUUGUGGGAGAACGUGGAGUGCAACCGGCACAUGUUGAGUCGCUACAUCAACCCAGCCAAGCUCACCCCCUACCUGCGCCAGUGCAAGGUCAUCGAUGAGCAGGAUGAGGACGAAGUGCUCAGUGCACCCAUGCUGCCGUCCAAGAUCAACCGGGCAGGCCGACUGUUGGAUAUUCUACACACAAAGGGCCAGAGGGGCUAUGUGGUCUUCUUGGAGAGCCUGGAAUUCUACUACCCAGAACUGUACAAACUGGUGACUGGAAAGGAGCCCACCCGGAGAUUCUCUACCAUUGUGGUGGAGGAGGGCCACGAGGGCCUCACGCACUUCCUGAUGAACGAGGUCAUCAAGCUGCAGCAGCAGAUGAAGGCCAAGGACCUGCAGCGGUGCGAGCUGCUGGCCAAGUCGCGCCAGCUGGAGGACGAGAAGAAGCAGCUGACGCUGACGCGGGUGGAGCUGCUGACCUUCCAGGAGCGGUACUACAAGAUGAAGGAGGAGCGCGACAGCUACAACGACGAGCUGGUCAAGGUGAAGGACGACAACUACAACCUGGCCAUGCGCUACGCCCAGCUCAGCGAGGAGAAGAACAUGGCGGUCAUGAGGAGCCGAGACCUCCAACUCGAGAUCGACCAGCUCAAGCACCGGUUGAAUAAGAUGGAGGAGGAGUGUAAGCUGGAGAGGAACCAGUCGCUGAAACUGAAGAACGACAUUGAGAAUCGGCCCAAGAGGGAGCAGGUCCUGGAACUGGAGCGGGAGAACGAGAUGCUGAAGACCAAAAUCCAAGAGCUGCAGUCCAUCAUCCAGGCCGGGAAGCGCAGCCUGCCCGACUCGGACAAGGCCAUCCUGGACAUCCUGGAGCACGACCGCAAGGAGGCUCUGGAGGACCGGCAGGAGCUCGUCAACAAGAUCUACAACCUGCAGGAGGAGGUCCGCCAGGCAGAGGAACUGCGGGACAAGUACCUGGAAGAAAAGGAGGACCUGGAGCUGAAGUGCUCGACGCUGAGCAAGGACUGCGAGAUGUACAAGCACCGCAUGAGCACCGUCAUGCUGCAGCUGGAGGAGGUGGAGCGCGAGCGGGACCAGGCCUUCCAUUCCCGGGACGAAGCGCAGACCCAGUACUCGCAGUGCUUGAUCGAGAAGGACAAGUACAGGAAGCAAAUCCGAGAGCUGGAGGAGAGGAAUGACGAGAUGCGCAUCGAGAUGGUCCGGCGGGAGGCCUGCAUCGUCAACCUGGAGAGCAAGCUUCGGCGCCUGUCCAAGGACAGCGGCAGCCUCGACCAGAGUCUGCCCAGGAACCUGCCAGUGGCCAUCAUCUCUCAGAACUUCGGGGAUGCCAGCCCCAGGACCAACGGUCAGGAAGCCGACGACUCGUCAACCUCAGAGGAGUCACCGGAAGACAGCAGAUACUUCCUGCCCUGUCACCCCCCCAAGCGCAGGAUGAAUCUGAAGGGCCUCCAGCUGCAGAGAGCUAAAUCCCCCAUCAGCCUGAAGCGAGCCUCAGAUUUCCAAGGGCGAGGCCAUGAGGAAGAAGGCACUGACGCGAGCCCCAGCUCCUCCAGAUCCCUGCCCAUCACCACCUCGUUCUCCAAGAUGCAGCCCCACCGGAGCCGCUCCAGCAUCAUGUCAAUCACCGCUGAGCCCCCCGGAAACGACUCUAUUGUCAGGCGCUAUAAGGAAGACGCGCCUCACCGGAGCACCGUGGAAGACGACAACGAGAGUGGCGGGUUCGACGCCUUGGACUUUGAUGACGACAGUCACGAGCACUGCUCCUACGGCCCCUCGUCCGUCCACUCCUCUUCCUCCUCCCACCAGUCCGAGGGCCUGGACGCCUACGACCUAGAGCAAGUCAACCUCAUGUUUAGGAAGUUCUCUCUAGAAAGACCCUUCCGGCCGUCUGUCACGUCGGUGGGGCACGUGCGGGGCUCCGGGCCCUCCACGCAGCACGCCAUGCUGAACGGUGACAGCCUCGCCUCACAGCUCACCCUGCUCGGGGGCAACGCCCGGGGGAGCUUCAUCCACACGGUCAAGCCGGGCUCCCCGGCCGAGAAGGCGGGCCUCCACGAGGGCCACCAGCUGCUGGGGCUGGAAGGCUACAUCAAAGGGGAGAGGCAGAGCGUCCCCUUGGAAACGUGCACGAAGGAGGAGGUGCACUGGACCAUCCAGAGGUGCAGUGGCCCCGUCACACUGCACUACAAAGUCAACCAGGAAGGAGAAGCCUCCCAGUCUGGUAGAGGAGCCACAGUUGAUUUAAGUGGGCAGAAGGGGAUCAACAUGCAGUUCUGUCCAGUCCAGAAAGGGGAGGUUUGUGCUGCCCUCAGGACUGGCCUUCUGUCCACAGAUGUUGUCACCAGAGACGAGUUCCUCAGAAAGCAGAAGACGGAGACCAUCAUCUACUCGCGAGAGAAGAACCCCAACACUUUCGAAUGCAUCGUUCCCGCCAACAUUGAAGCUGUGGCCGCCAAGGACAAGCACUGCCUGCUGGAGGCCGGGAUCAGCUGCACCAGAGACUUGAUCAAGUCCAGGAUCUACCCCAUCGUGCUCUUCAUUCGGGUGUCGGAGAAGAACAUCAAGAGGUUCAGGAAGAUGCUGUCCCGGCCCGAGACGGAGGACGAGUUCCUGCGGCUGUGCCGGCUGAAGGAGAAGGAGGUGGAGGCCUUGCCCUGCCUGUACGCCACGGUGGAGGCCGACAUGUGGGGCAGCGUGGAGGAGCUGCUCCGCGUCCUCAAGGACAAGAUCAGCGAAGAGCAGCGCAAGACCGUCUGGGUGGACGAGGACCAGCUGUGAGGCGGGGCCCGGGGCCGAGGCGGCUCGGAGGGGCUUGCGGACCCCGGCGGGCGGUGCCGUGGGCGCGAGGGGGCCCCGUCCACCCGGUCACGCGGGCCCCAGGGAGCUGAGGGGACGGACCCGGACCCGGACCCGGACCGGUCAGCUGGGAACGGGCCGCCCCGGCCGCACGCGUCGUCGCGACGCCAGGCCGGAGGCCAGCGGCCCCUCGGGAGCCGAACAGCCGAUGAAUGUAACGCACGAACGGGUGUGCCAGCCGCGGGGCGGCGACCCUGAGCGCGGGGGCGCGCCCGCCGGCCUUCGGGACACAGCACGUACACGUUCCCGGGCAGGAUGGCCGCGGCGGAAGGGGAAGCCCUCCGCGCGGCGACUUUUCUCUUUUCUCGCAUUAAAACGUCACCGUUUCCUCGUCCUCCACCUUUCCGAGAGCUGUUAGUACGUAGUAAUUUGCAGAGGGGCGGAGCCCUUGCUGAGCGCGCAGACCACUUCCGGAAGAGCUUGGGGCGGGGGCCACCAUCGUCCGGGACAGACCUGAUUUGGGCCUGGGCCUCGGGCGUGGUUACUAAUAACCCCUUUGACGAAGACACGUCCCGAUUUGGGUGAGAAGUUGUAGCGUCACUCUAGGAAGGGCCCUCCCUGGAAGGUCACCCUGCCCCCCCAGAUCCCAGCCCUGAGGCCAGGGCCCCUCACUCGGCUCCCCGAUCCUCUGCACGUGGCGUCCAUACGCGCAGCCCCACGUCGCCCUGCGCUUGGGCGCGUGGAGUAAGUAUCUCUGUUGGGUUUGUUCCCGCUGCCCAGGCGCUGGGGUGUGUGCGCGCGUGCGCGUCUGCCGGAGGCUCGUGCCUCCCUCCGCGACAGAGAGCAAAGGCCCCGUGGGUUCUAGAGCCACUCUUCUCCCUGACCCCCUGGACGCAGACUUUCCCAGUAUGGACCCGACAGGGUGUGGCCAAGCCAGGCCUCGUCCGGCCCGGCUCCGUGCUGAGUAUUCGGCAGGUGGCAGGCUGGGGUUCCCUCCCAGCUCUGUGUGUUCAUGGGAACUGGGAGCAACCGCCGCUUGACAAACCAGGACCCGCAUUCCCUCCCUUACUAACAGAAUCCUCUUUUUAUUCUGGGAAACUACAUGCAGCUCAAAGACCAUAUUCCCCAGCUUCCCUUGCAGCUAGGGUAAUCAAGAAAAUGUAAGGCGAAAAGGUUUUGGGGGAAGGACAGAGCAGACCGGCAGCCCUUUCCCUAGUUUCCUGCCUGGAAUACAGCUGUGAUGGCUGGAGCUCCUGCAGUCACCUUGGACCUUGAGGCGACCUUGAGAACGGAAACCCUACGCAGAGGAUGGUGGAACAGAAAGAGAAAAGGAGUCAGCAUGGCUGAUGGCACUUUGGAGCCCGGGGACGACUGCUUGGGUUUUGUUUACAUGGGACAGAAAUAAAUUUAUGUUACGUGGCGGUCAUUUCCGUCCUUGGUUACUUGCAGCCUAAAGCAAUUCCUAACAAAUACAGGAGCAACCCUUGCUCUUAGAUACCAUGGGUGUGGGUUGAUAUGCUAGGUUUUUGCCACAUGUUCAAGGUACAAAUUAUGAAUAAAAGAGCUUCUGGUAAAUACCUCACCCU